GAAAAGCGUGAAGAUGAGUGAUCCAGACCCCUGCAGAAUUAAACAGGAAGAGACUGAAGAACUAAUAGAUGUGAUAGUGAAGGAGGAGAGUGAAGAACCGAGUGAGGAUGAGGAGAAACAUCAUGUCAAAACUGAAAUCAAAACUCAUUCAACGACUCAACAUAGUUCUUUAAUGAACACGAACACCAUAAAAUGUUUCACCUGCACUCACCUGCAGUGUGGGAAGAGUUUCAGCCAGAAACACUCUCUCAAUGCUCACAUGAGGAUCCACACUGGAGAGAAACCUUACCAGUGUUCACUCUGCGGCAAGAGAUUCAGUCGUUCAGGACACCUGACAAGACAUGAGAGGACUCACACUGGAGAGAAACCGUGUCACUGCACUGCUUGUGGGAAGAGUUUCUCGGGUUCAUGUUCUCUACGAAAGCACAUGAAAAACAUUCACAACAAAGCCCCGAAGAUCCGAACCAAGGAGAGAACGAAAUCAUGCUCUUGGUGUCGGAAGAGUUUCACACACGGGUCAAGUUUAAGACGGCAUGAGAGGAUCCACACCGGAGAGAAACCGUACACAUGCUCUCAGUGUGGGAGGAGUUUCAUUCGCUCAUCACAUCUUAAUCGUCACAUGAGGAUCCACACCGGAGAGAGAACACACAAGUGUGAUCAGUGCAGCAAAGCUUUUUUUACCGCUUCAAAUCUGAGGAUCCAUCUCAGAGUUCACACCCAGGAAAAGCCUUUUUCGUGUUGCUUGUGUGGAAAGAGUUUUAACCAUCAGUCACAUUUAAAAUACCAUCAGAAGAUCCACACUGGUGUGAAAGAUCAUGUGUGCCUCGAGUGUGGGAAGACUUUUUUUAGAGCUGGAGAACUGAAAGAACACCAGAGGAUUCACACUGGAGAGAAACCGUACACAUGUACUGAGUGCGGGAAGAGUUUCACACAUUUGUCAACUAUUAAAAACCACAUGAAGAACCACACUGGAGAGAAACAACGAAAUGUGAUCAGUGCAGCAAAACAGUUUUGAGGCCUUCAGAGCUGAGGAGCCAUCUUAGAGUUCACACAAAGGAGGAGAAUUGUUCAUUUUUUUUGUUUUGUGACCAUUUUUCCUGCUUAUAUUUAAAACUAUUGUGCAGACAAUUACGAUAACUAUGUUAACGCUCCCUCCCCACCAUUCUGUCAUCCUCUGAGGUAAACACACUCACUCACAGCAUGGUAAAUCUCUGGCCUGUAUGAUGUUGUAGGCGCCAAUAGCUUAGUGGUUACUGCGUCGACACCUUCCACUUCACUUAAACCUUUUCUUAAUUUGUUUUGUGCAAAUGUCUAAAAAUUCCUAAAUCAAGAUGCGUUUUCUAGACAAGCGUAAUAUAUUGUUUAGUUUUAAGAAAUAAUAUGCCAAAAUUAAGUAAGUUUUUCUUUAAAACAAGCAAAAUAAUUUACCAAUGGUGUAAACAAAAUAAUAUGUCUAA